UUAAUUCCAGUUAAAGAUCAAUUGUGUUAGACUGACUACAAGGACUAUAAAACCAUCAUGGCUACUGAAAGCUCAGUGGGAUCUGGCUAUGUGAUGGUUUCUGGUAACUUAAACAAAGAACUGAAUAUGAUUCGAGAAACAACUACAUUGUACACAUCUAAACCGAAUAAAAGAUAUCUUUAUGAAAUAAAUCAAAAUCUAAAGCACGAUUUAACCACGAUGAAUGCAAAAAUGAAGGAUUUGAUUCGAACGCACAAGAAAGAAACUCACAAUUUGAAAAAGAUGCAUGACAAACGCGUGUCAGAAAUGUUUCGAAAGGUUGAAAAGCAAGAAGAAGAGAUGAGGAGAUUAAAAGGAAAUAAAGAAAAACUUGGAAAAGCUAUAAAAGAUAUGGAGGAUAAAAUAGAACGUGAGAGAAAAGUUGGCAAUGACAGAAAAGAGGAGUAUGACAAACAAUUGCUUAAACGGUCAGCCUAUAUGGAAGAAGAAAUGAAUAGACUAAGGAAACAAAUUCUUUCACUAGAGAACACGGUAGCUGAAAAGGAAGAACAAAUAAACAAAGCUAGAGAAAUGAAUGACAAUUUGUCUGAAGAGUUUCGAAAAAUUAGGAAAAGGCAUAAAGCUGAUAUGGCAGCAAUGAAAAAUGAUCUGCUUGAUAGGAUUGAAGAUAGAGACAAUCAAACAAGGAUAAUAUUACGUAACGUUGAAAAACUGAUAAUACAACAAGGUCAGAAUCAUACAAGGGAUGUUGGAAGAAGUCAAAAAAUUGGACAAAGGAAGAAUCUUUUCCCUCCUAUUAACGGAUCAACGACACAGAAGCGAAACUCGUUGAUCAACAUCAAACCUACAUGAAUUCAUAUAUUAGUCAAAGUGUUGAUUCUGAUAAUGAAAGUGUCGCGUAUUUGUGCUUAUAUAUCAAGACGUGGUCAGGAAAGAAUAUUAAAGAUUUCUGUCUGUUUCCGCGCUUGUCUGAAUUUUGAUGAACAUUUGCCGUACAAUUUCAAUGCACUCAUCUACACUCUGAAUUCGUCCUGGUGGACACCUUCCUGGACAUUUCUGUCUACAACAUUGAUCUGGUCGAUACAUUUUAUUGCUGAAUAUCACAUCAUAUUCAAUGGAUCAUUCGUCAAUAAUUGUUUUAUUAUAUGAUCAGCUUAAGAUUUGAAAAUAAAUCACAGAAAAUAAAGCCUUAUAAGGAAUACCAAAACAGAAUCAGCAUUUGACUGUUUUUCAUUAUUAAAGCGCGAGAAAAAGAAACACUUAAAAUGAUGACAUCACACUUUCAUUUGCUAUCGGAACGUAAACAAUGCAUUUGUCUCUGUAGUGAAACCGAUUAUCAUUAAUGUGAGGUAUGCUAGUUUUGAAUCGAGAAAUAUGUAAUAAAGAACAGAAUACAACAAUUAAGUUUUAGGGGUCUCGAUGGAGGUUACAUUUUUUCAUUAUCCCUCAUGUACCUCAUAUACAGAUUUAAUCGAACCGAGUCUGCAAUUUACUCGUUAUUUUGUUGUGAUUAAAGCUUCCGAGGGAUCACCUUUUCUUCUGUUUUUUAUGCACACGCGUAGUGAAUAGCCUAUGCUGUAUGGUCAUUGUAUAAGAGUCUGCUUAUAUUUCUAGAUUGAAAAAGCCCAAUUCAGCCACUGAAUAUGAUACUACACCUAAUGUAUAUUAUUUUAUGAUUUGUUCUGUUGACUACUGUUUUAACCAAUGAU